AUGUCCCGCUCCUCAAGAAGAACACCCGUCAUAAUCGGCGUCGGCGACAUCGUCAACCGCUCCAAGUCCCUCUCAGACGCCAUUGAGCCCCUCCAGCUAAUGAUCCUCUCCAUCCAAGAAGCUAUCAAAGACACCGGCCUUCCACCAUCCACCCUCUCAACGCUCCAAUCCUCUAUCGACAGCAUCGACGUCGUAAAAUCCUGGACAUGGCCCUGCGAUUAUCCAAAUCUGAUUGCAGAGAGACUGGCAUUCAAGCCGGUGCAUUGCGAGUACAGUGAGCAUGGCGGCAAUCAGCCGGCGAAGUUGGUCGAUGAGGCUGCGAGGAGGAUCUCGGCGGGAGAGUGUGAGGUAGCGGUUGUCACGGGUGGGGAGGCGUUGGCGAGCUUAACCGCCUGCGCCGCCGCAAAGAAACUCCCACCACCUGGCUGGACUGCCCCAAACGAAGACGUCCGAUCUGUCUUCUCGCCCACUACGCGAGAACUCCAACCUAGUCUCGGCGCCAAACACUCCAUUGGCAACCCCGUGCAACUCUACCCGCUCUACGAGAAUGCUUUCCGUGCUUAUCGUGGCCAGUCGAUAGCAGACAACCACCUCGAGUCUGCAGAGCUGUACGCCGAAUUCGCCAAAGUCGCUGAAGGCAAUGCGUAUGCUUGGGGUGGUGGUGCGAAGGCAGAGACGAAGGAGAGUAUUGGGACGGUUUCGAAGAAGAACCGCAUGAUUUGUUUUCCUUAUCCGUUGUUGAUGAAUGCUUUCAACACUGUCAAUUUGGCCGCAGCUUGUAUCCUCACAUCGACAGAGCACGCACGAGAACUUGGUGUUUCACCAGACAAGUUCAUCUACCCCUUGGGAGGCGCCGGAACUUCGGACAGCAAUGAAUUCUGGCAAAGACCGGCAUAUUGGUGGAGUCCCAGCAUAUCUCGAUCUCUCGACGCCGCUUUGGAUGUUUCGUCGAUCGACAAGGAGGAGAUUGAUCUAUACGACUUUUACUCAUGUUUCCCUAUCGUCCCAAAACUAGCCUGUGAACAUCUCGGCCUCCCAAUUACCGGGCAACGGAAAGCAAUCACACUACUAGGCGGCCUGACUUCCUUCGGCGGUGCUGGGAAUAACUAUUCAUUACAUGCCAUCACAGAAAUGACCCGCCAGCUCCGACAAGGAAAGGGCAAGACUGGCUUGGUACUCGCCAACGGUGGCUGGGUGACAUACCAGCAUGUCCUUUGCCUUUCCAGGUCUCCGCGGAGCGAUGGGCUGCCUUAUCCAGAUGUGACCCCGUUGCCGAAAUAUGUGACGGACGUGUUUGUUCCGAAGGUAUUAGAGCAGGCGGAGGGUGAUGCGACGAUUGAGACAUACACCGUCGAAUACGAUCGGGACAACAAACCCCUGAGAGGCCACGUCGUCGGCCGCCUAAAAGACGGCUCGAGAUUCCUCGCGAAUCACGCCGAUGAACAUACCCUCAAAAAACUCUCAAGUUGGGAAACAGAACAAGUCAACAGAAAAGGCAUCGUAACGACAGACAAGAAGAGCGGAAGGAAUCUCUUCUCUUUCGGCGAAGUCUCCAGACUAUGA